AUGUUCCCCAGGGAGUUAAGAAAUAGGCUUACAAGCCCCUUCAAUCGAGUCAGAAGCUUCAUAAAAAGGUCAAGCGAUGUAUCAAUCAAUGAACCAAUAGAUGAUCAAUAUAACACAGUCCUUCAUAAAGCUGUGAAGAAGGGAGACGAGAAGAAGACUCUUAAAUUAUUAGAAAAGGGAGCAAAUCCGAAUAUACCAGACUUGGGACAUUUGAGAACUCUCCAUUUGGCUGUGAAAUAUGGUCAUCUUCAUCUGAUCCCAAUUUUAGUGGAAUAUGGAGCUAAUCUUGAUCUCAAAACGCACGAAGGAUACAGAGCAAUACAUAUGCUGGUGGAAUCACCAAAACAAAUUGAGUGCUUAGAGCAACUGCUUGCUCUAGGUGCAGAUAUAAACAUGAGAGAUUCAUCGGGAAACAGCAUUUUAUUUUUAUUUUUAAAAUCGGACAUUAAAGACGUAUCGUUAUUCAAGAAGUUGCUGGAGAAUGGUGCCGAUGUCCACAACACGGAUUUAUUGAGGAGCAACGGUCUUCAUAUUCUAGCAUCGAAGAAGAAGAUCAACUCUUGCAUAACAAAAGUUAUCGCGGAAGGUCUCAUUGCUCAAGGUAUUGACGUGAAUGCGAAAGACUUUUUUGGAGAAACGCCCCUACAUCUAGCAUCCCAUGGUAACAAUGCAGAAUUGUUGAGCAUUCUUUUACGUAACAACGCUAGAAUGGAUUUGGUUAAUGAUAAAAACUUGACAGCAUUCCAAACGGCUGUUGAAGCUAAAAACUCUACUGCUUUAUUGGAAAUGUUAAAGCAAGCCCUUAUUAACUUUCAUCUUGGAAAGCCAAAUGACGGAAAAAUGAUUGGGUACAUCAAGUCUGAUCUUGAACUACGUUCAAGUUUCCAUAAUUUAGAAGAUGAGUUGAAAAAUCUAAAACAGAGGAAAAUAUUGGAUUUCACACUUUAUGAAAUAUUAUUCAAGAAAGUGGAGGAAAUCAUGGACUAUACCAGAGGUAUAGACAGUUUUUGGAUUCUAUCGAGCCCUUUCAUCAUAUCAUCUAAUUUCAACAGAGAAAUAAUGAAUAAUUGGAAUCAAGCCAAAGAUCGAACCGAGAAUGAACCUUUUAGAGAAGUUCUGAUAUAA